CCCCAACUCCCUCUCACAUCCCCAUUCCCAAUCCAAACCCUCAACCCCACAUCUCUCUCUCUCUCAAUUCAAUUCAAAUCAAUGGCGAAGUACGGCGAGGGCGACAAGCGGUGGAUCGUGGAAGACAGACCCGACGGAGCGAACGUCCACAACUGGCACUGGGCGGAGACCGAUUGCCUGGGCUGGUCACGUGACCUCCUCACCAAGCUCCUCUCCAACCUCACCAUCCUCGACGGCGAAGGCGACCUCUUCAUCAAGACCAACAAGGUCGACAAGGUCGAAGGCGACGCCUACGUCAACAUUCGCAAGGGCAAGAUCAUCCCCGGCUACGAAAUCAGCCUCAGUCUCUCAUGGGAGGGCGAGGCCAGAGACUCCGACGGCAAAUCGCUGCUCAAGGUCGACGGCGCCGUCGAGAUUCCCUACAUCGCCGACGAGAAUGCCGACGAGGACCCCGAGGUUAGGGUCUCGGUGAAGGACGAGGGCCCCAUUGGGAGGAGGAUUAAGGAGGCUAUGGUGGCGAAGGGGAAGCCUGUGAUUUUGGACAAGGUUAGGGUUUAUGUGCAGAGUAUGGCGCAGGGUGGGCCGGCCAAGGAUGAGGCCGAGGCCAAGAAGAUUGCGCCGAAGACUAAUAAUAAUUCGACGAGUUCCGGGGCGGCGGUGAAGAAGGAGGUGGUGGUGGAGAAGAAGGAGGUGAAGAAGAAGGAGAGCAAGAAAGGGUUUAAGACGAUUAGUAUGACUGAGAAGUUUAGCUGCAGGGCGAGUAAUUUGUAUGAGAUUUUGAUGGAUGAGAAUAGAUGGAAGGGGUUUACUCAGAGCAAUGCUAAGAUAAGUAAAGAGGUUGGAGGAGAGUUUAGUAUUUUUGAUGGGUCGGUGACGGGUAGGAAUUUGGAGCUGCAGAAUGGCAAGUUGAUUGUGCAGAAUUGGAGAUUUGGGAGCUGGCCUGAUGGGAUUGAGUCGAAGGUGACACUUACAUUUGAUGAGCCUGAACCUGGUCUAACAGUUGUCAAACUAACCCAUGUGGAUGUUCCUGAGGAAGACAGAUACGGGAAUGCCACUGUGGUAGAGAAUACUGAGAGAGGAUGGCGGGAUCUUAUCUUUCAGAGGAUAAGGGCAGUUUUUGGUUUUGGAAUUUGAGAUUUAUGACUAGUCUCUUCUUUUCAAUUCUAGAAUUUGGUUGUUUUUGGAAGCAUGAAUUCAGUGUUGAGUUUAGAAUUCACUGUGCCUAAUGCUGGUCUAAUGUGUGUGCUGUCAUUGAUAAGCUGGGGUCAGUGUUGCUGGAUUGUCAUUUAAAUGAAUUGUCAUUCCUCUCAAAUUUUCAAGAACUACAAAUCAUCCUGGGUUUUUAUAAGAAAUGAAAAAUAUUUGGCAUUUUAUCAUUGUUCGUA